UAUUAAAAGCGUAUGAAACCGACUUAGUCACGUUUACAAGUCGGCCGAGAUCAGAGACGCCUGCGAUAAAAAUUCCACCAGCUGAAAUUAAAGCUUAUGAACCCGUUAAAAUAAUUAUACAACUAGCUAUAUUCGCGCUGUUUUGUUGUAACCUACGCCAAUAUCAAUUGACGCGUCCAACGCGAAACUUGACGUUUCGCGCGCUUUCGCGUCCCGCCAUCUUGCCUCGUCGGCAUUUUCCGAGUUUCCCGGAAAGGCAGCGACAGUAGACUGGGUGACCAGCGCGACCCGCGUUGGUACAUCGACUCCGCAUACGCAUCCUCCCUCAAAGUAUCCCUACGGCUACCCACUAGGCAGUUUUUAGAAGCCGAGGUCAAAAUGCCGAGCGGUCACUUAGACAAGCCAACGAUCGAAGACAACAGAGAUGGUACAGUCAGCAUCAAAUACGAGCCCAGAGAGGAGGGGGUGCACGAGUUGUAUGUCAAGUACAAUGGAGAGCAUGUGCAAGGCUCCCCCUACAAAUUCACAGUAGACUCCAUCUCCUCGGGCUAUGUGACGGCUUACGGUCCGGGCCUGAUCAGUGGUGUGAGCGGUGAGCCCAGUGAGUUCACUAUCAGCACCAAGGGCGCUGGAGCUGGUGGGCUCUCUAUGGCGGUGGAAGGUCCUAGUAAAGCCGAGAUCACUUGCCAUGACAACAAGGAUGGCACAGUUGGUGUAUCCUACUUGCCCACCGCCCCUGGCGAAUACAAGGUCUCCAUUAGGUUCGGAGACAAACAUAUCAAGGGAUCUCCUUUCAUUGCCAAGGUGACUGGUGAGGGUCGCAAGAGAAACCAGAUCUCAGUGGGCAGCUGCAGUGAGGUCACCCUGCCUGGGAAGAUCGCUGACAUUGACAUCCGUAGCUUGAAUGCUUCCAUUCAGGCCCCCUCUGGCCUUGAAGAGCCUUGCUUCCUCAAGCGGCUGCCUUCAGGCAACAUCGGCAUCAGCUUCACCCCCCGGGAGGCAGGCCAGCACAUCGUAUCCGUCAAGAAAAUGGGCAUCCACAUCCAGAACUCUCCGUUCAAUAUCACGGUCCAGGAGCAAGAAGUUGGUGAUGCUAAGAAAGUUUUGGUUGGUGGAACAGCUCUGAAGGAGGGCAAGACCCACGCAGAGAACACGUUUACCGUUGACACCAAGAACGCUGGUUAUGGUGGUCUUUCCUUGUCCAUUGAAGGUCCCAGCAAGGCUGAGAUCCAGUGCGCCGACAGCAAAGAUGGCGUCCUGGCCAUCAGCUACAAGCCCACAGAACCUGGCUACUACAUCAUCAACUUGAAGUUCGCUGAUCACCACGUGGAGGGCUCUCCGUUUACUGUUAAAGUCACUGGUGAAGGUAGCAAUAGACAAAGAGAGAAGAUCCAAAGACAAAGAGACCCGGCACCCCUCACGGAGGUCGGCACGAACUGCAAGCUUACCUUCAAAAUGCCUGGAAUCACAUCCUUCGACUUGGCAGCGACAGUCACCAGCCCGGGGGGUGUCUCCGAGGACGCCGAGAUCCAAGAGGCGGAGGACGACCUGUACUCCGUCCACUUUGUACCCAAGGAGUUGGGAGUCCAUACCGUUUCUGUCAAAUAUAGGGAGAUCCAUAUUCCUGGAUCUCCCUUCCAAUUCACCGUUGGACCCCUGAGAGACUCCGGCGCUCACUUGGUCAAAGCUGGAGGUACAGGUCUAGAGAGGGGUGAAGCCGGGCGGUUCAACGAGUUCAACGUCUGGACCAGGGAGGCGGGAGCUGGUCAGCUGGCCAUCUCUCUCGAGGGCCCCAGCAAGGCUGAGAUCAACUUCACUGACAGGAAAGAUGGAUCCUGCGACGUGUCUUAUAAGGUUGAUGAGCCUGGUGAAUACCGCAUCGGAUUGAAGUUCAACGAGCAACAUAUCCCAGAUUCUCCGUUCAAGGUCUACAUAAGUCCAGCAGUUGGCGACGCGUACCUCCUGGAGGUGGCCCAGUUCCCAGACUCGGCCCAGGUGGACAAACCGGCCCAGUUCUACAUCCGGUUCAACGGAGCCAAGGGCGAACUGGAUGCUAGAGUGAUUUCCCCAUCAGGCAAGACGGACGACUGCUUCAUCCAGAACAUAGACGGCGACCAGUACAGCAUCAGGUUCAUGCCGAGAGAGAACGGUGUUCACAACAUCAAUGUCAAGUUUAACGGAGUUCACAUACCCGCUUCGCCGCUGAGGAUCAAGGUGGGUAAAGAUGACGCCGAUCCCGCUGCUGUCCACGCACACGGGCCUGGCUUGGGUCAGGUCAAGACGGGUGCGAAGACUGACCUGAUCAUCGACACGUGUAACGCUGGAGCCGGCAUAUUGGCGGUCACCAUGGACGGGCCGAGCAGAGUGGCUAUGGACUGCACUGAAGUAGAAGAAGGCUAUAAGGUUCGCUAUACUCCUCUGGCACCUGGUUUCUACUACAUGAGCGUCAAGUACAAUGGCGCUCACAUAGUCGGCUCUCCCUUCAAGAUAGAAGCAACUGGUGGAAACCUUGCUGAAAUAGGCGCCCAAGAGACCUCAUCGGUGACCGUGGAAACAGUCCAGAAGGUCUCCAAGUCUGGUCAGAAGCAGGGUCCGGUAUUGCCUCAUUUCAAGUCAGACGCAUCCAAGGUUCAGUCCAAGGGUAUGGGCUUGAAGAAGGCUUACCUGAACAAGCAUAAUCAGUUCACCGUUCAUGCUGGAGACGCUGGUACCAAUAUUUUGUACGUCGGCAUCUACGGCCCCAAAGGGCCAUGUGAUGAAGUUCAGCUCAAACACAAGGGCAAGAACAACUACGAGUGUUGGUACGUGGUGAGGGACAGGGGAGACUACAUCGUGAUCGUGAAGUGGGGAGACGAGCACAUCCCCGGCUCCCCCUACAAGGUGGAAGUCUAAAACGUAUGGCCAAUGACAGCGUGUGUAAAAAAAAAUAGAAAAAAAUAAAAAUAAAAUAUAAAUGGUUUUUUUUUCUUUGUAAUUUAUUUAUUACUUUGCUUUUAACCUUAAAAUUAUAUUUAAAUUAAAUUAUUGGUUAGGCUAUUUUAUUAAAAUUAGUUUUACAUUUAAGAAAUUAUAUAAAAAAAGACUAUAAAAAGUGCGAUGUUCAUGUUCCAUUAUUAUAAUUUUUUCCAAUUAAAAUAUUACAUACGCUGCCAUUAUUCAAUUAUUACGAUAGAGCUAGUCAAUUUUCGUUGAAAAGGGCCGCUAAAAGAUACAGUGAUCUCCCGACUAAAAUAUUAAAAAAAAUAAUUAAAAUUUUUUCGCGGCUCUUAUGUGCUUACGUUUUCUUGUUCCUAUUUUAUUUUUCUUAAAUUACAUUUAUAUCCAUCUUUUCCAUAAGCAUUUUGUCUAACCGAACUUUUGGAGAAAUUUUAUAUGUUUCUCGUUUAGUUUUUAGGGCGACUAAAUGACAACAUAUAAAGUAUUAACUCGAAAUAUUCCCUAUAUUUUUAAGUCAAUAAGGUGCAAUUUAUUAAAAAAAAAAAAUAUGCGGAGUUUGUUUUUCAUGUUAAUUUCUAAAAUUCUUCUACAUCUUUUUUUAAUAAAAGUUUACUGUUAGAGGAAUUUAACUAAACUCCUUUAUUUUUUUUAGAUAAUAAGUUAAACAGAUUCUGCGAUCUCAAAUUAAUUUUAAUUAAAUACGAUAUUUCCGAAACAAAUUUUUUUUUCAUAAAUAAUUCAUUGUUUUGUUUCAAAAUAGUUGUUUUGUUUUAAUGUUUUUGAAUAAUUUCCAUAAUUUUCAACAAGCCUGUUUAACAUGAAUAAUUUGCACCUUGGCACCUAUUUAAAUAAGUAUAUUCUAUGUACUUUGCUUUUUUAAUUAAUAUGUAUGGUUUGUCAUGUAUGAGUUUUACCUACGUAGGUGGAAUGCCCCCCCAUUACUGUAAAUACCUAAUUUAAGUUUUUAUAAUGUAUUUGUGACUGUUAACUAAAUAAAGAGGAAAGUUUAAA